GAAAUAUGUCCGUCGUCUUACUCUUAUUGAGCCCUCCACAUAAAGGUGGGCCAUAAUAUCAAGGACUUGAGACAAUCACAAUUGGGACUAUAGGUGUACUAGGUGGGGCUUAUCAGCAGAACAACACUGUAGUCAUUAGUGCAAUUAUACAUGAAUCAAAAGCCCAUAAGUUAACAGAGUCCGUUCUGAAAGUAUGAUUGUCUUAUCGAAAUGGGCCCAAAUCAAGCAAAACUCGUUUACCAUUUCCGGUUACUAGUGUGAUUUAUGUCAUCUUCUUCAAUGCAACGGAUAAUGGCACAAGAAGGUUCCAGAUACUAGUGUAUGAAAGAUGACUCUGGAGAACGCUAUAAUAUUGUGCUAACCUUUCACUGUCAAUACACUUGAGGAGUUGGGACAUUAAAAAUCACUGAGAGCCUAAGAAAAUUCGAAAAAGAGUCAACACACAAGAAAAAUGGCCAUGUUCGGAGACCCUUUCAGACGGUUUUUCUGGAGUCCCGCAGUGUAUCACGGUUCAUCCAUCAUUGGUAGUUCAGCUGGGCGUCUCGAUUGGCUGGAGACCUCAAAGGAGCACAUCUUCAAAAUAAACGUUCCAGGGUAUGGAAAGGAUGAUGUAAAGGUGCAAGUGGAGGAAGGGAAUGUGCUGGUGAUCAAGGCGGCGGAAGGGAAAGAAGAAGGACCUGGGAAGGAGAGAGAUGUGGUGUGGCACGUGGCGGAGAGAGGCGGAGGGGCGAUGGCCGGCAAGUCUGGAUUCUACCGGGAAAUUGAGCUGCCGGAGGAUGUGAAGGUGGAUCAGAUCAAGGCCAGCGUGGAGAACGGGGUGCUUACAGUGAUUGUACCCAAAGAUGCAACUCCUAAACCAGCUAAAAUCAGGAACAUAAAUAUCACUAGCAAGCUCUAGAAUUCCCACAUGUUUUGAUUAGCCUCUGUUAUUGUUGUUGUUGUUGUUACAUAAUAAUCAAAUCAUGCUCAAUAAAAGCUACCUUGAACAUUUAAACGAAGCUUGGGCUACAUUUGUUGUAUUCCAUUCUGUGAAUCUAUGGAAAAAUUAUGAACUUCCAGUCUCGAUUUCAUUUGUGAAUUUGUCCAUCAAAAAUCAGUUCAGUGCAAAAACUAGUGCAGAACCUCGCAAA